AAGGCCAAUGGAAGUGCGUAACGUUGUUGUGGAAUGACAUCACGGCCAGAAGAUGAAGGUGCAGCGGCAGCCAUUACUGGCGGUUCUGUGAUGAUCAAAUCCAAAUAAAUAUUGGCGGAAAACCUCCAUGGCAAGGACUACUAGUUAAAUUCAGUAACAGGGAGACCCGCUCGGUGUCUAAUGGACCCGGCACCCGUAAUCACGAACCCCCAGCCCCCCCGCAAGAAGAGGCCCGAGGACUUCAAGUUCGGCAAGAUCCUCGGAGAAGGCUCCUUCUCUACGGUUGUUCUGGCGAGAGAACUGUCGACAUCAAAGGAGUAUGCAAUCAAAAUCCUGGAGAAGCGGCACAUCAUCAAGGAGAACAAGGCCCAGUACGUCAAGAGGGAGCGCGACGUCAUGUCGCACCUGGACCAUCCCUUCUUCGUCAAGCUCUACUUCACCUUCCACGACGAGGAGAAGCUGUAUUUCGGCUUGAGCUACGCCAAGAGCGGGGAGCUGCUCAGGUACAUCCGCAAAAUAGGCUCUUUCGACGAGACCUGCACCAGGUUCUACUCGGCAGAGAUCGUCUGCGCGCUGGAAUAUCUGCACGCCAAGGGGAUUAUACACAGGGACCUGAAACCAGAGAAUAUUUUACUGAAUGAAGAGAUGCACAUUCAAAUAACGGACUUCGGGACCGCAAAGCAGUUGUGUCCGGACAGCAAGCAAGCGCGAGCGAACUCGUUCGUCGGAACCGCGCAGUACGUCUCUCCGGAGCUGCUGACGGAGAAGUCCGCCUGCAAAAGCUCAGACCUGUGGGCCCUGGGCUGUAUAAUCUACCAGCUGGUGGCAGGACUCCCCCCAUUCAGAGCCGGAAACGAGUACCUAAUAUUCCAGAAGAUCAUAAAGCUUGAAUAUGAAUUUCCGGAGAAGUUCUUCCCAAAAGCGAAGGAUCUCGUUGAGCAGCUGUUAUCUUUGAACCCCUCGAAGCGGAUUGGCUGCGACGAGAUGGGCGGGUACAACCCCCUGAGGGGGCACCCCUUCUUCGAGAGCAUCUCGUGGGAGAACCUGCACCUGCAGACGCCCCCCAGCCUCACCCCCUACCUGCCCGCCAUGUCCGAGGACGAGGAGGACUGCUACGGCCAUUACGACGACCUCCUCAGCCAGUUCAGCAGCCUGCAGGUGGAGCAGUCCGGCUCCUCCCGCUCGCUGUCCGUGCCCGACAACGCCCCCCCGCAGAGGUCCCGCAGCAACAUCGAGCAGUACGUCCACGACCUGGACAACAACGCCUUCGAGCUGGACCUGCAGUUCUCCAACGAGGAGAAGCUACUGCUGCUGGAGAAACAGACCAGCAGGAACCCCUGGCACCAAUUUGUAGAGAAUAAUUUGAUACUGAAGAUGGGGCCGGUGGACAAAAGGAAGGGGCUGUUCGCGCGGCGGAGGCAGCUGCUGCUGACCGAGGGGCCGCACCUGUACUACGUGGACCCGGUCAACCGGGUCCUUAAAGGCGAGAUCCCCUGGUCCCCCGAGCUCCGCCCCGAGGCCAAGAACUUCAAGACCUUCUUCGUUCACACGCCCCACAGGACGUACUAUCUAAUGGAUCCCAGCGGGAACGCGGACAGGUGGUGCGAUAAGAUUCAGGAAGUGUGGCGAAAGAUUUACCACAAGCACCAGAACGCCGGUCUGUAGCUGUAGCCCCAGCGCCUAAGAGAUCUACCCGCCCUCGCUGUGACAGGACCCCCCAGGACCGGGAGCCUCUGCCCCCCCCUCCCAAACCAGCCCUUCCUCACCAACUUUGACACCACUUUUGUGUUUAGUUUUUUUAUUUUUUAUUUUUUUUUUUACCAAGGCUGGCUUCAGAAUGUCACUUAAUGAUAAAUAAUAAUAAAUAUAGCAAAAAGAAGGGUAAUGGAAGGGUUGCUACUGCUUUGCCUGCUUUAUGUGCUUUUACUGACGAUUUCGGACACAUGUCGCUUGCGUUCGUACGAUUCAGACACGUAUCGCUCUCGUUUGGACGAUUCACACUCAUAUCGCUCUCAUUCAGACGAUUCAGACGCGUAUCGCUCUCAUUCAGACGAUUCACACGCGUGUCGCUCAUUCAGACGAUUCACACGCGUAUCACUCUCAUUCAGACGAUUCAGACGCGUAUCGCUCUCAUUCAGACGAUUCAGACGCGUGUCGCUCUCAUUCAGACGAUUCACACGCGUAUCACUCUCAUUCAGACGAUUCACACGCGUAUCGCUCUCAUUCAGACGAUUCAGACGCGUAUCGCUCUCAUUCAGACGAUUCACACGCGUGUCGCUCUCAUUCAGACGAUUCACACGCGUAUCACUCUCAUUCAGACGAUUCAGACGCGUAUCGCUCUCAUUCAGACGAUUCAGACGCGUAUCGCUCUCAUUCAGACGAUUCAGACGCGUAUCGCUCUCAUUCAGACGAUUCAGACGCGUAUCGCUCUCAUUCAGACGAUUCACACGCGUAUCGCUCUCGUUCGGACGAUUCACACGCGUAUCGCUCUCGUUCGGACGAUUCAGACGCGUAUCGCUCUCAUUCAGACGAUUCACACGCGUAUCGCUCUCGUUCGAACAGAGGGCCUGGAUCCCUGUCUCAGUGUAGCCACGUAUGCUUCACCGGGACUGAUGCAGAUUUCCUCACACACGCAUCCAGCUUGUCUAUAGCGCGCAGCCUUGUGGUCAGGAGUGGGGGGUGGCGGGUAAGGACUUAUUUCCGGUGGGUUUGUUUUUUUAUUUAUUCCGCUUUGGGUCCUGUGAGUGGUGGCUUGGCUUCCUGUUCAUGGGUUUACAGCGGUACUUCAGUUGAGCGCGUUACCCCCAUUAAACGGCAGGACUGACUUGGCGGAAGUAUGAGUCGGCGGCUGCGGUCGCUCGGUCUGCCGCGGGUUUCUACAACUUUGGCAGGGGGUCUCGCCAUCAAAUCUGGCCUGGGAGUCAAAAGCACUAAUUUUGUAUUUUGGGGAGAGCAGUGGCUUUUGGAAGAGGUCCUCAGGCUGGGUUGCCAGGUUUCCAGGUGUGCCUGCGUACACUAGAAGCAUCCUCACGCAGCGAUGUAAUAAAGCGGGUUCGGGUGUCCACAAAAGACGUUUCAAUCCAAAUUUAGCAAGUGCAGGAUGUGUUUGUUUUACUCUUGCUAGACUUUUUUUUUUUUCCCCCCCUUUAAAUCAGGUCGGCGACAGUCGGUUGCAUUGUGUAUUCAACAGGCUACUCUACCUGGUUUGUAACCGGUCAGAACUGUGAUGUACAGACGACAUAUUGCUGAAAACUGAAGCAAGUAAUGCAAUGAUAUUAGGACACACUUCUUUUGUAUUUCUAUUCUUGUUUCAGGUUAUUUUGCUGGCUAUUGUUUAGCCUCUAGUUCAUUCUGUGUUAUUUAAAUUUUAAUAUAUGAAUCAUGUUUGGUUUGAAGUCAUGUUCAGGGGCCAUGUUGUGUAUGUUUUGAGAUGUAAAGCCUUUGAAUGUGAUUAAUUAUUGUAAACUAUAAUAUUUUUCAACUUUUGUUUUUCUUACUUUAUUAUAUAAAUUUUCUAUUUGGUCAGUGAUUUAAUCAUAUUUGUCAUAAUUUAAUGAAUCUGUUUAUUUUCUUUACCAUCAUGUGUGAGCUAGAUAUAGUCAUUGAUGGAAGAAAGUCCCGUAUAAUGAUUGGUCGUCCUACAAUAAACGCAUGUAGGGUUUUAGGCAUACAAUUCC